UAUUUAUUCGUAUUCUUCAAUAUUCUUAUCAAGAAACUGAUUCUUAUCAAAAAGCUUUAAAGCUUUAAAUUAAAGACAGUUAAAGUUCAAAGUUUAAAGUUUACUUAUAUUUAAAAAAAAUGGCUUUCAAUGGUAUUGAUGCUCUACUCGACCACGAUUACUUACUAAAUAAUGAAGAAUAUGUAGAGCUAAUGGAUUUAGAUAUUUUUGAAGAAGAGGAGGAAGAGGAAGGUGUUAUUGAAGAAGUUGAGGAACAAGGUGUUAUUGAUGAAGAGGAUGAACAAGAUGAAAAUGAAGAUAACAAUGGUCAACUGGCAAUUAUCCAGCGUCAGCGAGCUGACACAUUUAUAGUUUUACCUGGUGUUAGGUUAAAUUCUAUUGUAAUUAUGGAUAACCUGAAUUAUAAAUAUUACAAAAAUGGUGCGAGAAACAAUAAAACAUAUUUGGUUUGUGAAAAUCAAAAAAAUGUUGCUGCACAUUGUCCAUCAACGGCUUGGGUCAGGACUACCGAUAUACCAAAAGGAAAUGGUGAUAUAAUUGUUCGGGUUCAACACAACCAUUUACCUCCAAAAGUUGACGUUCCAAUGGUGCACUUAAGAAGGUCAAUUGGUCUGGCUGGAACAAGUACCGGCAAUUUGGCUACUUCCAUUAGACAAAUUUAUAACCGGGAAGUUGUGUUAAAUCCAGAAGGUGCAAAAAACUACACGCAUUUACAAUCCCGGGUUUGUCUAAAUAAAAUGCGACGACGUCGUCGUCCAAAAAAUCCAACUACUAUUGAUCAUCUAGCAGAUAUCUUAAAUGAACCAACCACACCAACUUCAUAUACUUCCACCUUGCAGCGCCCUUCUUCAAGAUUUUUUCAGCAUGGUUAUCCAUUAAUAGUAGAUAGAGAACGAGUUGGUGUGGUAUUUGCUAAUACAGAUGCAAUAGAAAAGUGUAGAGGAGAACUACUCCAAUCGAUUACUAUAGCAGGAGUAGAUGGGACUUUCAAAACAGUACCAAGGAAUCCUCCUGAUUUACAAAAAGGCUGCCUGCUGACUUUUCAUAUAGUUUUCAGAAAUGUGUCUUUUCCAAUGGUAUAUGCAUUGACUGUAAGAAUGACACAGUCCACAUAUGAGGCUUUCUUUAGAGUUGUAAGACAGAUUUUACCUCUGAAUUACAAUCAAUUAACCAUCAUAACAGACUAUGAAAGAGGUUUGAUGAAUGCAGUAAGGAUUGUUUUUCCUCAUAUAAAGCUACAGGGGUGUUGGUUCCAUUUCUGCCAAUCUGUUAUCCGGUACUGCAAAAGAAGUAUGAACAGUCUAUUCCAUCUAUUUCAGACAAGUGUUGAGGCUGCAACAGUUUUACGCAUGGUGUUAGCUCUACCUCAUCUUCCUGCUGAACCCCAAAUGAAUUGCAGUUUCACAAUGUUUGAUGGUUUUCGAAUAAUUGUAGAUUAUGUUAACCAACAACCAGCAAUUCGCGAACGCUUACAAGCAUUUUUAUUUGGCUACAUACAAGAUUUUUGGUUAACACAAAUAACUGCUGCAAACAUAAGUGUCUUUGGGUCAGAAGUUCGAACUAACAAUUAUGUCGAGUCUUUUCAUGCCACACUGAAGACGCAGAUUGGAAAACAUCCGAAUAUCUGGGAUUUCAUGCGUAUAUUUAAUUUGAUUAUAUAUUCAUGUUUGUGAAUAUUUUUCUAUUGAUUUGUUUGUAUUAUGAUGUAUUUAUGUGUUUCUAUAGUAUAAGUAAGUAUAUCAAACAGGUAAUGUUAUUCAGUGUCUAUCAAGACUUGUGAAUGCGUUGUUAAUGAAUUUAGAUAUAUGUAAAUGGGUAUCAACAAUUUGCAGACUCAGAGUAAGUAUAUUAAACAUUGUGUUUGUGUGGUUACAAGAAUAUUUAAUAUGCAUUUGUGUAGGUGCUUAACAUAUUAAAAAUUGAUGUUUAUGACUUAUUUUCAAAUUAGUUCAUAUACUAUUAUAAUAUAUAAUAAUAUUAUGAUGAAUAUUUUUUUUUUCAUAUGGUGCUUGUCUGGGAGUGGCCUAAUUUGGACACAUGUUUGGCAGAAUUUGUGUUUUGGUAUAAUUACCAUCUAGCUAAUAAUGUAUUUAGAUUAUUUGUAUUAAUUGAAGAGACUUACUGUUAUUAUAGAGAAACUAUUGAUAGUUGAGAACCAAUAUUAUUUGGAAAUGGAUCAAGUUCGCAGGCAUCUCCAGAUCAGAUCUCAUCUAUCUCAGGUAGAUAGAGCAGAAGUCACUAGCGCAAUAAGGAACUAUGUUAACAUACUCAACCAAACAAGAGAUUUAUCUAUGUUUUUGCGAAGAGAAGGCCAUCUUAUGGAUGGUUAUUAUCGAAAACAAGUUCGACCUCAACCAUUGGAUCACGAACGGUGAUGAAUGUGCUGAAAGCCACUCGCCAGUAACUUUAUUAUAGUAACCCCUUUUAUUAUUAUAACUUUUAUAUGAAAUGACUUAGGUAUAAACAAUUAUAUUUAUGCAACUUUUAUACUUGUAAAUAACUAAUUUAUACAGCUUGUAUAAAUAAUGACUUAAAAACAAUUUAUUUAAAUAACUUUUAUACAAACUUAUUUUUAACUCAACAAACGUGAGUGGGAUACUGAGUAAAUAGAUAUAAGAUUUUUUUUUAUUGUUUGUUACUUACUAUAUUUAUAUAAAGAAUUAAAUACUACUUGUAUAAUACCAUUGUAAAAGAAAAACGAUUUUGAGCGAAGAGUCAGUCAGCUGAUGAUAUUACUAAGUACAUUUGAUAUUAUUGUGAAUAAAGUAACUUAUAUACUACCUAAUUUACGUGGGUAGUCAAUAGGUAUUACCCGAGUAACAAUUAAGGUUGUGUCUUCAUAAUCGUCUUCUAUUAUGUUAUUAUUUGUUGUUUCUUUAAGAUUGUCAUCAAGAUUAUUUGUAUUUAAACCACUUUCAAGUGAGUCGAUUGUGUCUGAUACAUAAUCAAACGAUUUGUUAGAAGUUGAAACAAUUAAAUUAUUUUGUUCUAC